UAUUGUCUUUAUUUUUUCACUAGUAUGCCAAGACUUCAACCCAACCCACUGUUUGGUAGAAAACAAGCGAACCCCAUUAAAAAGGUCAUUAGUCGCCAAUAACACGCUAGGGAGAAGUAGUUGAGGCAGAAUAUUGAUUCUUCGACCCCCGAUCAAAAGUUGAGAUUGCAGAAAUGGCGUCUUUUUAUUGGAAAGCAGUCUUUCUCCUAUGUUGGAUGGUCGUGGUGUCCGUGGCCCGUCGUAGACAACUAACAAAGAACCCCAACCGCACGAGGGACCAAAGAAGAGGGAAAACUGCAACAAGCGAUUUCUGGUGUCCAACAUGUCAGGGACCCACAAAGGAAUCCUGUGAUGGCAGCUCGACAAACACAACUUGCCCCAAAGCGGCCUUUUGCAUGGCAGUCUGGGACAAAAACAUGUUUGCCCGGAAAUGUGUUAACAGAAAGAUGCUCGAUGUGCUUACGGAAAAUUGUGCCAAUGUUAGCCCCAUGGCGUGGAAAUGCAGGCGACGAAAUAAGCCAUACCACUUGUCCUGGUGCGAACAAUCAGGCUGCAGAGCUAAAGCACCGGGAACCGUAAACAAACCCGACCCAUUUUGGUGCCCAACCUGUCAGAGCUCCUCCCAAGAAUCAUGUGAUUCCAAUUUGGCACAAACAGCUUGCCCCAAGGCAGACCUUUGUAUGACAGUGCAGGAUGAGAACGUUUUCGUUCGGAAAUGCGUCAACAGGAAGAUGCGUGAACUGGUGACCAAGGACUGCACGAGAGCUGUUGGAUUCGAGGAAUGGGUAUGCCGCAAAAAGAGACGGUACCACGUUACAUUUUGUGACCAAUCGGGCUGCAAAGCAGAGUUUUCUAAAGUGACCAAAGAUCAUCACCUUGAUGAUGAAGAAGAGGUGAUGAAACCUUUCUGGUGUCCAACUUGUCAAAGCAAUUCAGAGGAGUCCUGUGCUGCUACUGUCACCAACACAACUUGCCCCAAAGCUGAUUUCUGCAUGGCCUUGUGGGAUGAAAACGUCUUCACAAGGAAGUGUAUCAAUAAAAAGAUGCUUGAUGCACUGACUAAAAACUGCAGACUUGAUAGCUCAAUGAAAUGGCAAUGCAAUGGAAAGCGAAGUUAUCACAUGACUGUUUGCAACCAGCCAGGCUGCACAGCUAAAGUAUCAGAAAUUUCUACAGAAAAUGAAAUCCCCGAGGAUCCUUCCUUUAAGUGCCCCACCUGUCCGAUAUGCAAGAAUUCCCAGCAAUGCGACAGUGAAAUGAUAAUGACCGAAUGUCCGAUGGCUACCCGCUGCAUGGUGCUGCAUGUGAAUGGUACUGCUGACGUCGAAAGCCUUUUUACACGCAGUUGUGUAACUGAAAAGAUCUUUAAAGUGAUCAAGAGAGGUUGCAUAAACAGACAUGGUUGUGAAAUUGCUUCCUGUACUCAGUCUGGUUGCAAACCUGUGUUAAGCUGACACUUUAAACUUUUGUGACAAUUACUUCGUGAACGCUUCGUUUCCCCCCUGUUUCUGUUAUGUGCCACAAGUGCAGAGCCCGUUAUGCAAAACAUAUUUUAAGCAUAUUAGACACUUUGUCCAUGUAAACGUCGUAUAAUAUACCACAUUCUUCCUUCGUUUAUUCGAAGGCUUAAUUACUUCAAAUUGUGAUACAUUUCUAGAGUAAUGUAUAAAUUUUUCCAUCCACAGAGGACACAAGCUAGCCAAGUUACUUGUUAAAAAGUAAAGACAACCUCGUCUGACUCUAUAAUUCUGAAUGAUCUACAUAGUGUCUGCCAUAUUCGGAAGGCAACGCAAUUAAAUUUUAAUUUUUAAUCGCAGGUUUCUCACAAGCAAUAUCUGUAUGUUGCGGUGUCAAAGUAAAGAUAUGUAUAACCAAAUAAAGAUAUACUAGU